CUUGUUUCCUUUUUUUUUUUUAAAAAAAAAAAAAACUGACAAACCAUUCUUUUCAUUGUAUGAGUCGCGCUUUUUCACGCACUCUAUUAUGGUUCGUAUGGACCUCUUUGUUAUUGACUCUUUCAAGUUGUUCACCUUUAUUGUCGUCUUUCUCACUGGAAUCAAGUAAUGGAGGCAACUUGACUACUUUGGUAUCAAUAACGGAACAAACAACCUUUUAUGUAUUGAAACUUAUAGCUGUGGUUAUUCUGGUUCUCAUGGGAGCUGUAUUUGCUGGUCUUACUCUUGGAUUGAUGGGAUUGGAUUUAACAAAUCUACAAGUCAUAAAGGAAACUGGAUCACCUGAUGAACGUUACAAUGCUGGCAAGGUCUUACAACUUUUAGACCAUGGAAAACAUUGGGUAUUGGUAACUUUACUAUUAUCUAAUGUUAUUGUCAAUGAAACUUUACCUAUUAUUUUGGAUUCUUUAUUUGGUGGUGGUUGGCAAGCUAUUUUGAUCUCUACAGCCUUGAUUGUUAUUUUUGGAGAGAUCAUACCACAAUCUAUAUGUGUCCGUCAUGGAUUAUCUAUUGGUGCAAAAUGCUCUACAUUGGUCCUGAUAUUGAUGUAUAUUAUGUAUCCCAUUGGCUAUCCAACAUCUUUAUUAUUGGAUCAUUUCUUGGGUAAAACUCAAGGAACCGUUUACAAGAAAGCAGGGUUGAAAUCGUUAGUCUCCCUUCAUCAAUCUGAAAAUGUAUCGGAUGGACUCACCGAAGAUGAAGUACUGAUAAUUGGAUCUGUGUUGGAUUUACGUGAUAAGCCGGUAUCCAAGGUGAUGACCCCUAUUCAAGAUGUCUUCACCUUAUCGUUGGACGCCAUUUUAGACAAGGAAACCGUUGACAAGAUUCUCUUUCAUGGGUUCUCUCGCAUUCCGAUCAGUACAACAGACGACAAAUCAAAUUUUGUUGGAAUGCUACUUGUCAAACAACUUAUUACUUACGACAUUGAUGAUGCAUUACCUGUACGAUAUUUCGAUCUUAGUGCUUUACCGGAAACCUCACCUGAUACUAGUUGUUUGGACAUUUUGAACUUUUUUCAAGAAGGGAAAAGUCAUUUAGCAUUGAUAUCUUCAAAUCCUGGUGGAGUAGGUGGUGCUCUUGGUGUUAUUACAUUGGAAGAUGUUAUUGAAGAACUGAUUGGUGAAGAAAUCAUAGAUGAAACAGAUAUCUAUGUUGAUGUCCACAAAAAGGUCAAGGUAGUGCGACGCCAACCAAAACCAUAUGUAUCCAAUAUCCAAUCCUUAUUGAAGAUGGUACGUUCUACAAGUAGUACACAAGACAAUUCAAUUCAACAUCACAAGGGAGUGACAUGCUCAAAACAAGAUCAGCUACUUCCUGCUCCUCCCUCUUAUGAUCAUACUCAAAGGCAACAACCACAUCAACAGGAUUAUGGUGCUACUGUUAUUGGAUCUCCUCACAUUAUCAACGGCAAACCAACUGCUGAUAAGAAAACCCAGUCCUAGGUCAUAAUUGACACCUUACCAUCAAAUCGAUAUAUCUUAUUAUUAUUGCUAUCUUAUACUUAUCACUCUAUAUCUAUUGCCUAUUACUUUUAUCUAUUUAUCGAAUCAUUAUCCACCAUUUUUUAUUUUUUAUCCUCAAUAAACAUUCUAGUGAAUCCGUGAACUUUUUUGGAAAUCAA